GCAACGGCAUCUGUGGCAUCAACACCACUCCUGCUUUGUACCCAGUGGUAGCUGGCUCGCUCCCCUGUCAGCCCAUCAACCCAUGUGGCAGCGGCAAGUGCAGCAACCGUGCGGGAAAGAGCAAAUGCGUGUGUUCACCUGGGUUUACCACAGCCAAAAAUAUCGAUGGGUCUGAGACAUGCAUUCCAGUCCACGUGUGCGCCAUGUCAGCAGCUAAUCCCUGUCAGGUUGGCACGUGUCUGGAUGACGGGGCAGGCGGCUACAACUGUCUGUGUCCUCCGGGGUUUUUGGCAGACGAGCGACCUGAUGAAACCCCUGUCUGCGUGCCGGGUGUCACUCCGUCAGAGGUCCACGUGGUGCCAGGGCUGACGUGUGACAUUGUGAGGUCGACAUUCGGCAUGUCCGAGGCCAACUUCACUCUGUUCAACCCGAAGCUCAACUGCUCCAGCCUUGCCAUUGGAGACGACAUUUAUGUCAGCAAUGGCACCCUGUGUGCCACUCCCUAUACUGUCACCGCUGAUGACACGUGUGAGAGCAUUGCAGCAGCGUUUAGCAUGAGUCGCUCGGAAUUCCUCAAGCUGAAUGACGACCUGCCGUGUGGGAGGCUAAAGGCCGGGCAACAGGUGUGCGUGGCGCAUGGCACACCAGACAUGCCAGCAUGCCAGGAGUUUGUGACUGUAGCGGAGGGAGACAGCUGCGACACAAUAAUGAGGGCUGCUCGUCCGCCUCUGAGCGCACAGGAGUUCUACACGUUGAACCCAGGGAUCAACUGCAACGUGGGCGAGCAGAUGCUGCUAGGCCAGCAG